GCCCCCUACAGGCAGCAGCAAUAAUAAUAUUCACAGCAACCCGCGGGGACCGUGGGCUUGUUUUGAGCAGGUUUCUGUUUCUCUGAAGAUUUUUGCCAAAUCAUGAAUUUCACACAGACCUGGAUCUUUUUGUUUCUGCCCUUCCUGUGGGUGAGCGUGGGCCCGGUUGGAGGCGAGACCCACUCCCUCCAUUACAUCUACACGGCGCUCUCCAAACCUGUCGGCCUCCUGGGCAUCCACCAGUUCACAGCCAUGGGUUUGCUGGACGGCAGGAUGAUCGACUACUUUGACAGCGAGAAUCAGGCGAAAGUUCCCAAACAGGAGUGGAUGAGAGAGCGUUUACCUGCUGAUUACUGGGAAAGAGGCACGCGGUCCCGCAAGAGCAAGCAGCAGUGGUUCAAGGUCAACAUCGGCAUCCUGAUGGAGCGAAUGAGACAGAAUGACUCAGCCAACCCUCAUGUUCUUCAGUGGAUGCACGGCUGUGAGGGUGAAACGCAUCCUGACGGCACGCUGAAGUUUGUCCGAGGCAUGGACAUGUACAACUACGAUGGAAACGACUUCCUGUCCUUCGAUGAUAAAAACGGAGUCUGGGUCGCUCCUAUUGACGAGGCACUUCCCACCAAGAGGAAGUGGGACGGCGUCCAGGUGCUGAAAGAGUACACCAAGGGAUACCUGGAGAACGAGUGCAUCGAUUGGCUGAGCAAGUUUGUGACUUAUGGACAACAGCAGCUGAAAAAGAAAUCUCCACCUGAGGUGUUUGUGUUUGCAAAGAAGUCCAAGGUGGAGUCAAAUCUCAUCCUGACCUGCCUCGCCACAGGCUUCUACCCCAAAGACAUCAUCAUGAGGAUCAGAAGGAACGGACGUGUUCUGACUGCAGACGACGGCCUGACGAGCUCAGGAGUUCUUCCAAAUAACGAUGAGACCUUCCAGAGACGAGACCAUGUGGAGAUUUUGAAGUCUGACCUGUCAGAGUUCAGCUGUGAAGUCGUUCAUGAGGCGACCGGUGUAGAUGUUGCAAAGACUUGGAAGAACAGUGACCUUCCACCGGAACCUGGAUGUGGACCUCCGAUCGCUGCUGCAGUGGGAGGAGUCUUGGCUGUGGUUGCUCUUGUUACUGUAGUUGUCUGUGUGAUCUUGUAUAAAAAAGGCUGUCUUGGACGCAGACGUGGAGCCAACAACAACCAAGGAAGUGUAGCAGUUAAUGUAGAAAAGAAGGCUGAUGCUAAAGAUGGGAAGGCUGAGGAAACCGAACCUCUGACAGGCAGUGACAAGUCCCUUGACAAAGUGUCUAACUCCAGCAGCGCUGACUCUGGUGUCUCUUGUGGAAUACAGACUAUUCAUUCUCCUGUGUCAGUUGACAAUGGCGUUGCAAGCACACCUCUGACAAAUGCUCCACCUGAGGUGUUUGUGUUUACAAAGAAGGCCAAAGUGGAGUCAAACCUCAUCCUGACCUGCCUCGCCACAGACUUCUACCCCAAAGACAUCAUCAUGAAGAUCAGAAGGAACGGACGUGUUCUGACUGCAGACGACGGCCUGAUGAGCUCAGGACUUCUUCCAAAUAACGAUGAGACCUUCCAGAGACGAGACCAUGUGGAGAUUUUGAAGUCUGACCUGUCAGAGUUCAGCUGUGAAGUCAUUCAUGAGGCGACCGAUGUGAACCUUACAGAGACUUGGACUCCACCUGAGGUGUUUGUGUUUGCAAAGAAGGCCAAAGUGGAGUCAAACCUCAUCCUGACCUGCCUCGCCACAGGCUUCUACCCCAAAGACAUCAUCAUGAAGAUCAGAAGGAACGGACGUGUUCUGACUGCAGACGACGGCCUGAUGAGCUCAGGACUUCUUCCAAAUAACGAUGAGACCUUCCAGAGACGAGACCAUGUGGAGAUUUUGAAGUCUGACCUGUCAGAGUUCAGCUGUGAAGUCAUCCAUGAGGCGACCGAUGUGAACCUUACAAAGACUUGGAGAAGUGUAGCAGUUAAUGUAGAAAAGAAGGCUGAUGCUAAAGAUGGGAAGGCUGAGGAAACCGAACCUCUGACAGGCAGUGACAAGUCCCUUGACAAAGUGUCUAACUCCAGCAGCGCUGACUCUGGUGUCUCUUCUCCACCUGAGGUGUUUGUGUUUGCAAAGAAGGCCAAAGUGGAGUCAAACCUCAUCCUGACCUGCCUCGCCACAGACUUCUACCCCAAAGACAUCAUCAUGAAGAUCAGAAGGAACGGACGUGUUCUGACUGCAGACGACGGCCUGACGAGCUCAGGACUUCUUCCAAAUAACGAUGAGACCUUCCAGAGACGAGACCAUGUGGAGAUUUCGAAGUCUGACCUGUCAGAGUUCAGCUGUGAAGUCAUCCAUGAGGCGACCGAUGUGAACCUUACAAAGACUUGGAGAAGUGUAGCAGUUAAUGUAGAAAAGAAGGCUGAUGCUAAAGAUGGGAAGGCUGAGGAAACCGAACCUCUGACAGGCAGUGACAAGUCCCUUGACAAAGUGUCUAACUCCAGCAGCGCUGACUCUGGUGUCUCUUGUGGAAUACAGACUAUUCAUUCUCCUGUGUCAGUUGACAAUGGCGUUGCAAGCACACCUCUGACAAAUGGUGGUCCUGUGCCUGCAGCUUCCAGCAGUGCUCCACCUGAGGUGUUUGUGUUUGCAAAGAAGGCCAAAGUGGAGUCAAACCUCAUCCUGACCUGCCUCGCCACAGACUUCUACCCCAAAGACAUCAUCAUGAGGAUCAGAAGGAACGGACGUGUUCUGACUGCAGACGACGGCCUGAUGAGCUCAGGAGUUCUUCCAAAUAACGAUGAGACCUUCCAGAGACGAGACCAUGUGGAGAUUUUGAAGUCUGACCUGUCAGAGUUCAGCUGUGAAGUCAUUCAUGAGGCGACCGAUGUGAACCUUACAAAGACUUGGAGAAGUGUAGCAGUUAAUGUAGAAAAGAAGGCUGAUGCUAAAGAUGGGAAGGCUGAGGAAACCGAACCUCUGACAGGCAGUGACAAGUCCCUUGACAAAGUGUCUAACUCCAGCAGCGCUGAAUCUGGUGUCUCUUCUGAUUCUGACAAACAAGGUCAGGCCCAGGAGUCAUCCUGAAUCUUCAGCUACAUCAAGUUUCAAGACUCGCAUGAAAUAGAUUAUUGGCAUACAGAAUAGAAUAAUUAAUGAUAAUAAUAAUAAAUAUAUAAAUUUAUUUUGCACUUUACAGAUUAAAAAUCUGAUGGAUCAGUGGUAUAAUGUGGUUCUUUAGCUUUCCAUGAAAUGGGUUUUAAAAGUGUUCAUGCUUCUUCAAUCUGAAUAUUAAUGACAGCAAAAUUUAUAUGAGCCAGUUUUGAUCCAGUUUAAGAAACUACAGGAAACAAAAUUAAGUUUAAAACUUUUAGAGUAAAUCAUAAAUCUGAAAACAUGUUUGUAUAGAUUAAUAUUUGAAACAUUGUCACUGGUUUAUGCACCUGUGAGAAUAAAAUCAGAGACACAAACUUCAGCCUGUUGUAGUUUCAUACAGAUUGAACACAAAGCAGACACUAAAAUCUGCAUCUGAUCAAGUGGGUGGAGCUCAGUAGUCACAGCUGCUGCCUCUGCAGGAAACAUCUCCAGGCAGGUGGAAGAAAAUGUUUUAGAGUGUGACGUCUGUUAAUGCAUAUAAUGUUUUUAUGUAGAAGAAAUACAAUUAAAAUCUCAUAAUAUUUAGAAGUGAAUACAAAUACGUGCUUUAAAAUAAAAUGGUUGGAUACUAAACAAAGCAUAAAAUGUAAUGUGAGGGUUGGUGCUUUAACCCUUUCACUGUAAGGUGGCUUAAUGAAUUAGACCUUUACAAACAGUGAGACAUCAAGCGCUUAUGAGAAUUAAACGAUUUUAGAUACUCUGGUGUGAUUAUUGUAAUGGGGGCGUGGCAAAAACUGAUUAUCUCCACUUUUUUCUUAUGGCUUUUAUGAGUUUUUGGCCAAACUGAGUGAACUUUUGGAUGAUUACAAAAACUAAAGUCUGUCUGUGUAAAUACAUUUAUUGUUUUAUCGUGCCUUAAAUAUUAAUUUGCAGUGAAAUUUUGUUUUAAAAUUGAGAAACUUUUUCUGUGGGAAAUUUAGGGCAGAAAUGUGUAAAAUGUUAUGUUUCAGUAUUUUCUUGCAUUUACAUGUAAGCUCUUAAUUUGAAAAGUUCUGUUUCCAAGGUAAUUUGUACUUUUAUUCAGCACGAGCUAGGAUUACUUUAUUGAUUGGAUAAGAUGCUUUAAUUAUAUUCUAGAUUUUAAGUUUGAACUCAAGUUUUGUCUUUAUUCAGUUAUUUUUUUGGCCCCCAAAAAUUCUAAAUGUACUUUUAAACAAAUUUACAGUAAAAGGUUCAGUCCACAUAAUGAAACUGUCUGUGGAUGAAUCAGUGAAAUAUUUGCUGUAAGACUCAAAUUCAUCUUGUAAUCCUGAAAUGUCUUCUAUUGUGUGGGCGUUUAAUAAU